UUUUGUGAUUGUUUGCGGAGGAUAAACGUGCUGUUCCAUGGACGGAAACGGUCGGAUCGGCAGGUGAUUCUUCGACACAUGCUUUUUCAACAACGGACAAUAGUUUGGUUGGUAGUUAUUGCUGCAUACCUACGGAGUAGUAGUUCAACUACUGCUGCCAGACACGCGACCAGAACGAGACGAGAAGAUUUACCUCAUGUGUAUCCCUCCCCAGAACGAGACUGGCGUACCCAGCCAAGUGGUAUCAUCCAUGGUCGACUUUCAAUAGCCGUGCCUAACGCUCUCAUCUCCAACACUAAAAGCCCUGACCCAAACUUACGAAAUGCUGGAGCUCCAUCGGAACCCCCGCCGGUGGUUUGGCUUAGAUAGAGAGGGGAAGGCUGGCA